UGACGUAUUGGACGCAUGCGCAGGAGAUUGCGAAGGGAAUAAAUGCCCCGAACACUGGAGUUGCGUUCCGAUAUUCACUGCCAACACUGAAAAUCUAUGGUAUACGUGACACAAACUAUGUAUUUUCGGUACUGGCGUUGAAUUUCGGAAUACAGCCUGGAUAACCUAUUCGCGUGGCCAAUCAGCGCCUAAUCAGCGACGAGAUGAUGAUAGUGUAGCCGCCAUCACUGUUUACACUGCCGUUCGGCGAGUGCGUCCGUCAUUUCCAUCGUCGUCUCAUCCUCCUCAUCGCCGCUGUUUCCAUCAGUUUACCGCCGUCGUUCGCGUUCCUACUGUGUACAUCGAGAUGUCCCGUUCAAAUGGCCGACGUUGGUGACGUGUUGGUGCGCGUCGCGUCCUCCCAUCCUAGGUGAGUGUUGGUCGGCCGUCGACGACGUGCCUGUCGUGCUCGCGGAGAAGAGGCUAGGACGCACGCAAGAUGCUGUGGGCAACGACGAUCGGUAUCGUCCUGUCAAGUGUGCUGCUCGCCACAGCCACUCUGUAUUCCACUGCCAUUGACAGCGUCGCCAGUGGCGGCGGCGGCGGUGGUAGCGAUCCGCUCGCCCAUCACGGCCGCUGCGAGCCCAUCACUAUCAAUCUCUGCAUGAACAUCCCAUACAAUGAGACCAUUAUGCCGAAUCUCAUGAACCACCAGAAGCAGGAGGACGCCGGCGCGGAGGUGCAUCAGUACGCGCCGCUCGUCAAGAUGAAGUGCAGUCCUGACCUGCGUUUCUUUCUGUGCACCGUGUACGCACCCGUGUGUACCAUCAUAGACAAGGCGAUACCGCCGUGUCGAUCGCUGUGCGAGAGUGCGCGCUCCGGCUGCGAAAGCCUGAUGAACACCUUCGGCUUCGCCUGGCCGGAAGCCCUUGACUGCUCCAAGAUGCCGGAGAACGGUGGCCCUGAGCUCUGCGUCGGGACCAACGAGACCUCGACUCAAGAUUCUGCUGGUCCUGUCUAUCCGCCACCUCGAAUGCCAGUGGCGGAGUUCCAACCGUCUUGGAACGAAGGGCCCAAGUCAUACGGAGGUAGCGGUAGUGGUGGUUUUGCCUUGGGUGCCAGGGACUUUGGUUUCGUCUGUCCGGUUCAGUUCAAGGUUCCUCAUGAAUUGGGUUAUGCGCUGAAAGUUGGCAACAAGGUAGAGCCUGAUUGCGGCGCACCCUGUGAUGGGAUGUUUUUCAGCGAGAGGGAGAGGAGGUUUUCUAGGAUAUGGGUGGGCACUUGGGCCUCCAUCUGUGCAGUCUCGUGCUUCUUUACUUUCCUGACAUUUCUCAUUGAUACGGAUAGAUUUAGGUAUCCUGAGAGGCCCAUCAUCUUUUUAUCAGUUUGUUACCUGAUGGUAUCAUUAGCCUAUGUGAUUGGCUGGGCAGCUGGCAACUCCAUAUCGUGCAGAGAGCCAUUUCCACCACCCAUGGGAAUGCGCAUACAAAUGGCAUCGACAAUAACUCAGGGUACCAAGUACGAACUGUGCACUGUGCUCUUCAUGGUCCUCUAUUUCUUCGGUAUGGCUUCGAGCAUUUGGUGGGUCAUCCUCACCCUCACGUGGUUUCUGGCGGCUGGCCUGAAAUGGGGGCAUGAGGCGAUCGAAACGAACUCGCAGUACUUUCACUUGGCUGCUUGGGCCGCACCAGCUGUCAAGACUGUCACUAUUUUAGCUAUGGGAAAAGUGGAAGGUGAUACGUUACUUACAGGUGACAUAUUGUCAGGCGUAUGUUACGUUGGUCUUUGGAACGUGGAAGCGCUACGAGGUUUCGUAUUGGCACCGUUAUGCGUCUAUCUUUUCUUGGGCACCUUGUUCCUGAUGGCAGGCUUCGUGUCGCUCUUUCGUAUCCGUACUGUUAUGAAACACGACGGCACGAAAACGGACAAACUUGAGAAGCUGAUGAUACGCAUCGGCAUCUUCUCCGUGCUCUACAUCGUGCCCGCCAUGAUAGUCAUCGCCUGCCUCUUCUACGAACAGGCGUAUUUCGAUCAAUGGAUGUUAACGUGGAACAUGGAGAUGUGCUCGCGACCGGGCCCGCAGUCCCUCUACUCUUUGCCGUGUCCGGUGGGCGAACGUACGCGUGAUCUUGGACACAGGCCCGAGUUUGAAGUAUUCAUGAUCAAAUACCUAAUGGCGAUGAUUGUUGGUAUCACCAGCAGCUUCUGGGUAUGGUCUAAGAAGACACUCACUAGCUGGAAGCAGUUCUUCCAUCACAUACAAGGACGCCGAAACGAAGCCUACGUUUAGUAAUGACGCUUGGGAUAUGUCGAAUCAUACCUGGAACAUGCGACGAUAGUCGUUUCGAAUGUUAUGUCGUAAUCGGUAAUUCUCAAACAUCUCAAGUCCGUAUAAAUGAUUGUCACGUGACGCUUGUCUCGUGUGACUCAGAUUUUAAUUGAGACUGAAAUUUAUUCACUUGAAUCGCAUAUAUAUGACCACCAUACCUACAAUGGCGAUUCAACUGAAAAACUCGCCAAUCUAAUUCUGAAUUUAAAUCUGAAUGUCUCGUUUGAAAAAAAGAUUCAAGUAACGACCAUUUAUACGAGUCUUGCUAAUUAUCAACUUAACGAAGUAAGUGGUUUAUACACCGACACAUAAUCGUCAUGUACGUCUACCAUGUGGUGUUCACUGCAAGUUCACGCUGUGUCGAUAUGUAGACAUGUGAGAGAACUCCUGAUUGCGAAUAAUCGAAACACUUCGUAUCUGCUUAUGGUUGAAUCGGUUGAGAAAGAUUCAAGAUUCGAACGUCCAUCACUAUCUACGUUUAAGGCCUCUACUAUAGUUUAUGCAUGCGGUCGCAAAGAUACACGUGCUCUGAUCCUGAAGAAAGAGAAGCUAACGAGGAUUAAGAUGAAAAUGUUGGAAUUUUCAAGACUUCGCCUGGACGCAGCAAGCAGUGUCCCAUUUCUUGAUGUUGCGCUGUACUUUGCGCUGUAAACGUAGAUCUUUGCGAUUAAUUCCUAUUGCUAUCGAUAUCGAUCAGACGCCAACUUGAAUUUAAGUCUUUGCCCGACUAGAACUUGAAGCCAGGUUGAAGUUCGUAGAAUCGACGUUGGUAGAGACGGGCAUGAGUGUUCGUGCAGCUAAAGAGACGAGAGAAACAUCUUGAUACUAAAGACAUGUCCGGGAUAUUGCGCGAGUCUACUUACGAUGCUAAAGUGUGUGUAUUUCAUAAUCGAAAUGACCGCGUAACAUCAGCAGCAGGAGCUCUCUCCCUCCAGGAUUACGUUCUUACGCAACAAUUCGAAGAACACGUCUAGUCUCUUUUUGUAUCCUUCAUUGUUUCUCAUCACGAGUUGCGAGAGCAGUUAUCUAACAAAAAACUUGAAUUUAUUGAUGUCGAUAGAAGAAACGAAACUCGACAUUUGGAUUCUGAGAAACCUCCUUGGAGACUCCUGCUCUUUAUCGUAACAAUCAAUUCGAUCAAAAUCGCGCCGACGCUUCAUUACGUUACGCUUGUAGUUUUCCCGUACUUAAGCAAAAGCACGUAUCGAUGAAGCAAGUGCUGUGCCAAAUGAGUUUUUCUAAUCUUUCAAGCCGGACGCGCGCACGUGCGUGAUAUGGAAAGCUAUGUGAAAUAUUUUGGUAACUCGGUGUGUCGAACUGUCGAUUACUUUGAAAGUAUUAUUAAACGACGUUUGUUCGUUAAGUAACGUUUAUCCUCGUACAUCGCUACGAGUAUUGUCGACUGUAUCCUACGUUUAAGUUGAAAAUGCUCAAACGACGCCGUCGACAUACAUGUCCGAAGCAUCUGCAGAACCACUGAUGUCCAGAAAUUUUAAGCGAGCUAAUGCCCACACUCUAGACGAUCCUUACGAUUCGCGCGACGGGACUUGCGAUAAGAUUCUAUUUACGACUUACGUAGUUAUCGUGUAAAACAGAAAACGUGUUGAACGUGUUCAUAGAUGUAUAUCUGCAUGCACGUAUACAUCCAUAAUAUAGCGACUGUUCGAAAACGUUUCCUCACAAAUGGAAUUUUACCUCAAACCGUCGCGAAAGCGUGUCACGUUUGGGUAUCGAAGAUUUCUGUAAAGCAACGCAACUCCAAGAGCGCCCACGAGCCUGACUGUAACGAUCAUCAUGUUCCACGUUUCGUAUCGCCGCGAAAUCUCUCUCUCUCUCUCUCUCUCUCUGAUUUUCACCGAUGAAAAACUGAAUAUACAUUACGCUUAAUUUUUACGAGAUGCGUUUAAGAGGCGUACGUAUGGAAACGCAAUAAUACUCAGGCAAAGACUCUGACGGCUAUUUCCUUUUUCACGCCCGCUCGUCAAGAACUCCCUUUCCAAGGACGGCCGAUCCUUUCUCAUUGCGCAAUGACGGAUCCUGCCACCGUAGUAGUACCGUAAAUUACUACCGUAGCAGCAUUCGCCACCUCGACGGAAUCUCAACGAGAUUUGUAAGAUUUUUAACUCGUAAGAAGUGCAUUACACACUGUCUUUAGGUUAACAUUGUAUAUAAUUAUAUAUGUUUUUUAAUUCUUUACUCCAUGUACUAUAAUAUAUUUUUAAAGAAUUUUGUACAUAUAUAUAUAUAUGUGACGCGUGCGCGUCGCCGCGAAGGCACAGCGGCGUCGCGCGUCUCCUACACGCACAAUUGAAACGAUCAUGCGAACAAAAACAUAAAUUCGUCCAUCGAAACUGCCGAGCUUUUGUGUACGUUGUGCAAGAGAAAAUUCCGCGCUGCGAAAAUAAUACCGCGUAAUUAUUAUAUAUAUAUAUAUAUAUAUAUAUAUAUAUAUAGUAUAUAAUAUAAAGUAUAUAGUAUAUAUAAAUAUAUAGUACACGCACGUAACAUACGAAUACCUCGGCGGCACCGACGAAAAGUAAUGCGAUUGCAUCUUCUUGGCGUUUCCAAUCGGCUCUCGUGUUUCCUUCACUGUCGUCACUUUUGUCCACAGUGGCGCAAAUUCCCAAACAGCAACAAGAUCUUAUAAGAUGUAACGUCAGCAUGAUUUUAUGACGUCUUGUGCGAUAUAUUGUGCGCGCACACGUAAAAUUGAUGAUGGAGAAAGCCCUUUGAGAGAAACUGAGAACGACACAAAUCAUUCUUUUCGGAAAAUUUCGAUCUGGUAGGUAGAAUGCUUUUUCUCGCAGGUGCCGUCGACUUUAAGCUAUCUUGUCGUGCGUGAGAUAUUGCGUGACGAUAUGUAAAUUAUGAUCGCUAUAUUCUUUAUAUAAUAAACAAGGUGCAUAUGUGAAGACGCAUGUUUAUUCUUUCUGCUGAACUCGUCAUUUAACAUGUUUUUAUUUACAGACGUUAAGCUUCUUACAAAAUAUAUCCAAAGAAAAA